AUGGAGACUAUCAAGAACGCCCUCAACAUCGGCAGCUCUGGUGCCCCUCCACGAUCCCCCUCGGCCGACGAGGUCAAGGCACUCCAGGAGAAAUACCAGAAGGCGGGCCAGGAACAGGUCUUCACCUUCUACGACUCCCUCUCCAAGGAGGACCAGGCACAUCUCUACCACCAGCUCGCCGGAUUCGACCCCGACUACAUCAACACCAUCACAAAGAAGGCCCUCAACCCGCCCGAGGCCGAGUCCAAAAAGGCCGAGCUCGAGCCCCUGCCCGAAUCCGCGACUGCCAGCGUCCUGGACUCGGACGCCGAUCAGCUCAAGAAAUGGUACGAGUCCGGCCUGGACCUCACCGCCAAGAACAAGGUCGGCGUGGUUCUCAUGGCUGGUGGCCAGGGCACAAGACUGGGCAGUUCCGCACCAAAGGGCUGCUUCGACAUCGGUCUGCCCUCGCAAAAGUCCCUGUUCCAGAUCCAAGCCGAGCGCAUCCGGCGGCUGCAGGUGCUGGCACACAAGCACGCUGGUCUCCCCGAGAACCAGGAGGUCGUGGUGCCAUGGUACGUCAUGACUAGCGGACCCACGAGGGGCCCGACCGAGAAGUUCUUCGAGGAGGCAAACUACUUUGGGCUCAAAAAGGAGAACGUCCUGAUCUUCGAGCAAGGAGUGCUGCCAUGCAUCUCCAACGACGGAAAGAUAUUGCUCGAGGGCAAGGGCAAGGUUGCCGUUGCCCCUGACGGGAACGGAGGCAUCUACCAGGCCCUGGUCACCUCGCCCGUCCUUGGCGACCUGCGCAAGCGAGGCAUCGAGCACGUCCACUCGUACUGUGUCGACAACUGCCUGGUCAGGGUUGCGGACCCGACCUUCACCGGAUUCGCCGCCUCGAAGAACGUCGAGAUCGCGACCAAGGUGGUGCGCAAGCGCAACGCUACCGAGUCGGUCGGCCUGAUCCUAUCCAAGAACGGCCGCCCCGAUGUUGUCGAGUACAGCGAGAUCGACAAGGAGACGGCCGAGGCCAAGGACCCCAAGCAGCCCGACGUGCUCAAGUUCCGCGCCGCCAACAUCGUCAACCACUACUACAGCAUCGGCUUCCUGGAGAAGAUCCCCAGCUUCGCCAAGGACCUGCCGCACCACGUCGCCAGGAAGAAGAUCCCCCACGUCGACCUCAAGUCCGGCGAGACCGUCAAGCCCGAGAAGCCCAACGGCAUCAAGCUGGAGCAGUUCGUCUUCGACGUCUUCCCCCUGCUGCAGCUCGACAAGUUCGCGUGCCUCGAGGUCAAGCGCGAGGAUGAGUUCUCGCCUCUCAAGAACGCGCGCGGCACUGGCGAGGAUGACCCCGACACGAGCAAGAAGGACAUCACCUCCCAGGGCAAGAGGUGGCUGGAGGCUGCCGGUGCCAUCCUCACCGGUGACGGCGAUGCCGGUGUCGAGGUCUCUCCUCUGAUCAGCUAUGGUGGUGAGGGGCUUGGUCACCUAAAGGGGAAGGAGUUUGGACUCCCCGCCGUGGUGGCAGACCCGGCUGAGAAGUAG